GAGCAAAGUGCCCACCGCUAGACAUCGCCGUUGUUGCAACACGGUCACAUGACACUCCCGGUAUUUCACAAGUUGCAGGGCCGUUAAAAAAAAAAUCCUCCGGGCCACGCCCCCCUUACCGGCUACUAACGUAAAAACCUAUGUCUAUAUUUAGACUUUGUCUUAAUGUGGGCCUCGUCACCUGGGUUUGAGAGGAGCGUCACACAGCCGCCUGCCCACCAAGCUGGUCCCCUCAGCCAUCCCAGUGCUGACAAUUCAUUUAGUGGUGAAAAGUGUACCAACUUGUUUCCGACCACUUUCCUCCCCGCUGGUAAGUGAAUCUCUUACAUGCUCAUCACUGUCACUAAUGCUAGUAAGAAUGUGCUUCUUUGAAUUGAAUCAAUGUUUGUCGUGGUUGAAAACGACAUUGGUCCUCGUAUCAAGUCAAUGUUGUGAUGGAAUCUUUGAAACAAAAGAGAAAAAAAUGUAUACCAUAGAGAUGAAAACCGGAUCUUUGUAAAGCUGUUUAGCCUUAAGCACGAAACUACGCGCAGAAAUAUAUUAGACCGACUGAUCUAAUCAUUAGAAAUAUAAAUUCGAAGUUCUCAAAGCGUACACAUAGUUUUAAACACAGUUAUCUAAAUAUGACAAAAGUAAAUCUGAGGCGCUCAAAGUGUAGUUGUUAUCAGUGGAACAUGUACCAUUACGAGAGACGGGGUAACGCCCAUGGUAAGGAUGCAAAACUUUGAAAUUGGAUUUUAGUAUUUUAAUAAGUAGACAAGUUUCUGUGUCAUUGAAAGAAAUGAAAAAUAAAAAAAAACAACAGGAAUUUGGUCGUCACGGAAAUCUUUCGUUAAAAUUGUUCCGUUAAAAAAUAUUCCAUUCUAUUUUCUUAAAACCCAGUGUUGAACAGAUAUCGUAGAGUAUUGUGUCAUUAGAUGACAUUUUGAUGGAUUUUGGUUGACAAAUUAAUUAAAGGAAUGUUCACGAACAAGAUUUAUCAAAUUCUACAAGAGAUAGUCGGUUAGUGCAUCAACUAUCAACACUUGUUUAGUGCAUCAACUAUCAACACUUGUUUAGUGCAUCAACUAUCAAAACUUGUUUAGUGCAUCAACUAUCAAUACUUGUUUAGUGCAUCAACUAUCAAGACUUGUUUAGUGCAUCAAAUAUCAACACUUGUUUAGUGUAACAAUUAUCAACACCUGUUUAGUGCAUCAACUAUCAAUACUUGUUUAUUGCAUCAAAUAUCAACAAUUGUUUAUUGCAUCAAAUAUCAACACUUGUUUAUUGCAUCAAAUAUCAAUAAUUGUUUAUUGCAUCAAAUAUCAACACUUGUUUAUUGUAUCAAAUAUCACCACUUGUUUAUUGCAUCAAAUAUUAACACUUGUUUAUUGCAUCAAAUAUCACCACUUGUUUAUUGCAUCAAAUAUCAAUAAUUGUUUAUUGCAUCAAAUAUCAACACUUGUUUAUUGCAUCAAAUAUCAACACUUGUUUAUUGCAUCAAAUAUCAACACUUGUUUAUUGCAUCAAAUAUCAACACUUGUUUAUUGCAUCAAAUAUCAAUUGUUUAUUGCAUCAAAUAUCAACACUUGUUUAUUGCAUCAAAUAUCAACACUUGUUUAUUGCAUCAAAUAUCAACACUUGUUUAUUGCAUCAAAUAUCAACACUUGUUUAUUGCAUCAAAUAUCAAUAAUUGUUUAUUGCAUCAAAUAUUAACACUUGUUUAUUGCAUCAAAUAUCAACACUUGUUUAUUGCAUCAAAUAUCAACACUUGUUUAUUGCAUCAAAUAUCAAUAAUUGUUUAUUGCAUCAAAUAUCAACACUUGUUUAUUGCAUCAAAUAUCAACACUUGUUUAUUGCAUCAAAUAUCAAUACUUCAAAUUGAGGGUCACGAGGUUGCAUAAAAUUUUGUUUCAAGUUGCAAUUUUUUCGAAAAUCUUUAGUGCACAUUUGAACUUUAUUUGGCACAUUGUAAUUGUGUGCCCCUGGUGCCAUGUUGCAUUAUGGCAUUUUAAGUGUGCCCCCCCCCUGGUGCCUUAAAUUAUAAUGGGAUUGUUAGUGUGCCCCCUUGGCGCCAUAAAAUGUAAUGGGAUUCUAAGUUCAAUAAAACAGGUAAAUAUGCUGAGCUUUUAUGAACAUCGAGCGACGGGUUGUAUGACAGGGCAGCCUGACGUAACCCUGGCAACGUGUCAAACGCGUCUGUGUGUGAACAACAUCCGGUUUCACUCCGAUCGAACGUGCCGCUGGCUAGGGCAUCUCUCCUUUACACAGUGGUGCACUAACGUGCCGCUGGCUAGGGCAUCUCUCCCUUAUACAGUGGUGCACUUGCUCUUACAACCCCUAUGUGGAAUGUAACCCCCCCCCCCAGGUAAACAAGCGCCCCCAUAACACCUGUUGACGUCCACACACACCCACAGCAUCGAAUUUACCAGUAGCCGACUCCCCCACUACCCCCACUUUAACUUCUUUGUCAGUCAUGUCUACAGGCUCGCUGCGUACUCUAAAUUGAUUCAAGCCCCACACUUAAUGCUGGAGCCCAUCACCACACUUAAUGCUGGAGCCCAUCCCCACACUUAAUGCUGGAGCCCAUCCCCACACUUAAUGCUGGAGCCCAUCCCCACACUUAAUGCUGGAGCCCAUCACCACACUUAAUACUGGAGCCCAUCACCACACUUAAUGAUGGAGCCCAUCCCCCCACUUAAUGCUGGAGUCCAUCCCCACACUUAAUGCUGGAGUCCAUCCCCACACUUAAUGCUGGAGCCCAUCCCCACACUUAAUGCUGGAGCCCAUCCCCACACUUAACGCUGGAGCCCAUCACCACACUUAAUGCUGGAGCCCAUCACCACACUUAAUGCUGGAGCCCAUCACCACACUUAAUGCUUGAGUCCAUCCCCACACUUAAUGCUGGAGCCCAUCCCCACACUUAAUGCUGGAGCCCAUCCCCACACUUAAUGCUAUAGCCAUCACCACACUUAAUGCUGGAGCCCAUCACCACACUUAAUGCUGGACCCCCAUCACCACACUUAAUGCUGGACCCCCAUCACCGCACUUAAUGCUGGAGCCAUCACCACACUUAAUGCUGGACCCCCAUCACCGCACUUAAUGCUGGAGCCAUCACCACACUUAAUUCUGCACCCCCAUCACCGCACUUAAUGCUGGAGCCAUCACCACACUUAAUGCUGGACCCCCAUCCACACACUUAAUGCUGGAGCCAUCACCACACUUAAUGCUGGACCCCCAUCACCCACUUAAUGCUGGACCCCCAUCACCACACUUAAUGCUGGACCCCCAUCACCACUUAAUGACUAGCUGCUCGCAUUCUGUGAUUAAGCGUAAUUUUGUCUUUAAUAGUUCUCACUUAAGUUUUUGUGUUAUUUUUAUAACAUUAGAAUUAUCUUUGGAGUAAAAUUUAAAAAAAAAAAAAAGAUUUAAUUCCUAAUGAUUGGAUGAGAUUAUAGCAAGGCCUCGUUUUAUUUCAAGUGGAUUACACAGUGAUUACACAGUGAUUACACAGUGAUUACACAGUGAUUACACAGUGGACUGUUAACAGUAGCGCCAUCAACCCCCAAACAUCUGUGCUGGUUGAGCGCCAUCUUGCCUUGACACAAACAAGGGUUACGCGCCCGUGUCAUGUGACACACACACAUUGUGGGAUUACAUCCUGUUUGGUGGCUGACAUCACAGAUUUAAUGGGGUUUUUUCAUCAGGAAAGUAAGUGGUAAUGCCUUACGGAUAUCCUUUCAAGGAAUGGUCAAUGGUGGCAAAACUUUAGAACAUUAUGGACAUUGGUGGCAAAACUUUAGAACAUUAUGGACAGUGGUGGCAAAACUUAAAAACAUUAUAGACAAUGAGGGCAAAACCUUAGAAUAUUAUGGACAUUGGUGGCAAAACUUUAGAACAUUAUGGACAGUGGUGGCAAAACUUAAAAACAUUAUAGACAAUGAGGGCAAAACCUUAGAACAUUAUGGACAUUGGUGGCAAAACUUUAGAACAUUAUGGACAGUGGUGACAAAACUUUAGAACAUUAUAGACAAUGAGAGCAAAACCUUAGAACAUUAUGGACAGUGGUGGCAAAACUUUAGAACAUUAUAGACAAUGAGGGCAAAACCUUAGAACAUUAUGGACAUUGGUGGCAAAACUUUAGAACAUUAUAGACAAUGAGAGCAAAACAUUAGAACAUUAUGGACAUUGGUGGCAAAACUUUAGAACAUUAUGGACAUUGGUGGCAAAGCCUAAGAACAUUAUGGACAUUGGUGGCAAAACUUUAGAACAUUAUGGACAUUGGUGGCAAAACUUUAGAACAUUAUGGACAAUGAGGGCAAAACCUUAGAACAUUAUGGACAUUCGUGGCAAAACUUUAGAAUAUUAUAGACAAUGAGGGCAAAACCUUAGAACAUUAUGGACAUUGGUGGCAAAACUUUAGAACAUUAUGGACAUUAGUGGCAAAACUUUAGAACAUUAUGGACAUUGGUGGCAAAGCCUAAGAACAUUAUGGACAUUGGUGGCAAAACCUAAGAACAUUAUGGACAUUGGUGGCAAAACUUUAGAACAUUAUGGACACUGGUGGCAAAGCCUAAGAGCAUUAUGGACAUUGGUGGCAAAAUCUUUGAACAUUAUGGACAUUGGUGGCAAAGCCUAAGAACAUUAUGGACAAUGGUGGCAAAACCUUAGAACAUUAUGGACAAUGGUGGAAAAACCUUAGAACAUGCAUGCGACUACAGAUCGACAAUAAUUUUUUUUAAAACUACACUAUCACUCUACGACACUAUCCCUCUACGACACUAUCACUCUACGACACUAUCUCUCUACGACACUAUCCCUCUACGACACUAUCCCUCUACGACACUAUCCCUCUACGACACUAUCACUCUACGACACUAUCCCUCUAGGACACUAUACCUCUACGACACUAUCCCUCUACGACACUAUCCCUCUACGACACUAUCACUCUACGACACGAUCACUCUACGACACUAUCCCUCUACGACACGAUCACUCUACGACACUAUCACUCUACGACACUAUCCCUCUACGACACUAUCCCUCUACGACACUAUCACUCUACGACACUAUCCCUCUACGACACUAUCACUCUACGACACUAUCCCUCUACGACACUAUCACUCUACGACACUAUCACUCUACGACACUAUCCCUCUACGACACUAUCACUCUACGACACUAUCACUCUACGACACUAUCACUCUACGACACUAUCACUCUACGACACUAUCACUCUACGACACUAUCACUCUACGACACUAUCACUCUACGACACUAUCACUCUACGACACUAUCACUCUACGACACUAUCACUCUACGACACUAUCACUCUACGACACUAUCACUCUACGACACUAUCACUCUACGACACUAUCACUCUACGACACUAUCACUCUACGACACUAUCACUCUACGACACUAUCACUCUACGACACUAUCACUCUACGACACUAUCACUCUACGACACUAUCACUCUACGACACUAUCACUCUACGACACUAUCACUCUACGACACUAUCACUCUACGACACUAUCACUCUACGACACUAUCACUCUACGACACUAUCACUCUACGACACUAUCACUCUACGACACUAUCACUCUACGACACUAUCACUCUACGACACUAUCACUCUACGACACUAUCACUCUACGACACUAUCACUCUACGACACUAUCACUCUACGACACUAUCACUCUACGACACUAUCACUCUACGACACUAUCACUCUACGACACUAUCACUCUACGACACUAUCACUCUACGACACUAUCACUCUACGACACUAUCACUCUACGACACUAUCACUCUACGACACUAUCACUCUACGACACUAUCACUCUACGACACUAUCACUCUACGACACUAUCACUCUACGACACUAUCACUCUACGACACUAUCACUCUACGACACUAUCACUCUACGACACUAUCACUCUACGACACUAUCACUCUACGACACUAUCACUCUACGACACUAUCACUCUACGACACUAUCACUCUACGACACUAUCACUCUACGACACUAUCACUCUACGACACUAUCACUCUACGACACUAUCACUCUACGACACUAUCCCUCUACGACACUAUCACUCUACGACACUAUCUCUCUACGACACUAUCCCUCUACGACACUAUCCCUCUACGACACUAUCCCUCUACGACACUAUCACUCUACGACACUAUCCCUCUACGACACUAUCCCUCUACGACACUAUCCCUCUACGACACUAUCCCUCUACGACACUAUCACUCUACGACACUAUCACUCUACGACACUAUCCCUCUACGACACUAUCACUCUACGACACUAUCACUCUACGACACUAUCCCUCUACGACACUAUCACUCUACGACACUAUCACUCUACGAGACUAUCACUCUACGAGACUAUCACUCUACGACACUAUCCCUCUACGACACUAUCACUCUACGACACUAUCACUCUACGACACUAUCACUCUACGACAUUAUCACUCUACGACACUAUCCCUCUACGACACUAUGACUCUACGACACUAUCACUCUACGACACUAUCACUCUACGACACUAUCCCUCUACGACACUAUCACUCUACGACACUAUCACUCUACGACACUAUCCCUCUACGACACUAUCCCUCUACGACACUAUCACCCUACGACACUAUCAUUCUGCGCCAGAAACCCUCGCUACGCCACGGAAUCUUCUAUAUCCUCAUGUCAACGUAGACAGUCAUUGUUGUCCUCAUGUCAACGUAGACAGUCAUUGUUGUCCUCAUGUCAACGUAGACAGUCAUCGUUGUCCUCAUGUCAACGAAGACAGUCAUUGUUGCGUCUGUAAGUGAAUGAAACAUUUCUUGGGAAUAACUGGUCAAGUUAAUCCAUUUUAAAACACAGCAACCAAAGAGAAAAGCCUGUAGUAAUGUAAGUGUAAGAUGUGUAAGAUAGCUGGUAUCUUAUGUCAUGCAUAGAAAUACCGUAUGAAAGAAAACCGUGUCUGUCGGACCGCAACGGAGCUAUCAUCGCUCAGAUGUGUGGCCUUGCCCUGUGAAGGGACAGGUUGGGGGGGGGGGUGGCACGAUGUCAAUAAAACACACCACCACCAUCACCAUCACCACUACACCUCAGUGGCGUAGCGAGGGUGUUUGGCGCCCGGGGACAAGAUUCUCGCCCGUGGGACAAGAUCCAUUUUAGCGCCCCUUUUUUCUUUUUUUCAACUCUCAAACCCAUUAUUUUCAUCAAUAAAAUAAUAUCAAAGCACAUUUUGGCGCCCCUAACUAGCUGGCGCCCGGGGACAUCUGCCCCCCUGCCCCCACCACGCUAUGCCUCUGCUACACCUCCACACAGACAUCACUUAUCACCAGACGUUGGUACGGCACCAUCCAUUGAUUUGAUAUUUAACUAGAGACGUUUAGGUCACCAAGUAUUGAGAUAAAGGCCUCCACGUUUACACAAGCCUUUACGAUGGCCCGUCGCAAGGUGUCUUUAGUACGCAACCUGUCUAACGUAUAGUGUCAAAAUAGAUGCGUCUAUGUCAGGGGUCCAGGGGCGUGGGGAGACACAUACACAAAGUUUGUUUGGAAUGUUUAUGGGCAAUUUAAUCGUUGGCGUACGGGGAACAGGAUUUGCUGUCGUCAUUGCAAGGGUUUAGAAUCCCUGAUCUAUGGCUAUCUAUCAAAAUAGCAUUAUAAAGGAAAUCACACACACACACGCACAAGAGUCGGAAGUGACGUCAUUGGCCAUUGCUGUUGAAUGGUUUGUGUGUGUGUGUUUUGGGCGUGACCCGGAUGUGACCCGACAUUGCGGCGGAACGAGAAAUAACGAGACGUGAUCAUGAAAAGAUAAGUUUGUAUCUUUGCCAUCCCUCACCCCCCCCCCAACUCUUUUACCUACAAGCAUAUUUUAAACGCAUGUUGACAGAAUCGAGACCAGACCAGAACGCCAGAUUUUUAGUAUGUGUGUGUGUGUUUUGGGCGUGAGCCGGAUGGGACCCGACAUUGCGGCGGAACGAGAAAUAACGAGACGUGAUCAUGAAAAGAUAAGUUUGUAUCUUUGCCAUCCCUCCCCCCCCCCCCCAACUCUUUUACCUACAAGCAUAUUUUAAACGCAUGUUUACAGAAUCGAGACCAGACCAGAACGCCAGAUUUUUAGUUAUUUGGUCUAUGCAGCUCUAAAAUAAUUAUGUUUGGAAAAAUCCAUCGUUGUAUGAGCAGAACACACGACCAUAACACAUGAGCAUAACACACGACCAUAACACACGACCAUAACACACGAGCAUAACACAUGAGCAUAACACAUGAGCCUAACAGAUGAGCAUAACAGAUGAGCAUAACACACGACCAUAACACACGACCAUAACACAUGAGCAUAACAGAUGAGCAUAACAGAUGAGCAUAACACACGACCAUAACCCAUGAGCAUAACACAUGAGCAUAACACAUCAGCAUAACACAUCAGCAUAACAUAUGAGCAUAACAUAUGAGCAUAACAUAUGAGCAUAACACACGACCAUAACACACGAGCAUAACACACGACCAUAACCCAUGAGCAUAACACACGAGCAUAACACACGAGCAUAACACACGACCAUAACCCAUGAGCAUAACACAUGAGCAUAACACAUGAGCAUAACACAUGAGCAUAACACAUGAGCAUAACACAUGAGCAUAACACACGACCAUAACCCAUGAGCAUAACACACAGAGCAUAUCAUAUGAGCAUAACACAUGAGCAUAACAUAUGAGCAUAACAUAUGAGCAUAACACAUGAGCAUAACACACGAGCAUAACACAUGACCAUAACACAUGAGCAUAACACAUGAGCAUAACACAUGAUCAUAACACACGACCAUAACACAUGAGCAUAACACACGACCAUAACACAUGAGCAUAACACAUGAGCAUAACACAUGAGCAUAACACAUGAGCUAAACACAUGAGCAUAACACAUGAGCAUAACACAGGAGCAUAACACACGAGUAUAACACAUGAGCAUAACCCAUGAUCAUAACACAUGAGCAUAACACAUGAUCAUAACACACGAGCAUAACAGACGAGCAUAACACAUGAGCAUAACACACGAGCAUAACACACAGAGCAUAAAACACAGAGCAUAACACAUGAGCAUAACACAUGAGCAUAACACACGAGCAUAACACACAGAGCAUAACACACAGAGCAUAACACACAGAGCAUAACACAUGAGCAUAACACACGAGCAUAACACACAGAGCAUAACACACAGAGCAUAACACACGAGCAUAACACAUGAGCAUAACACAUGAGCAUAACACAUGAGCAUAACACAUGAGCAUAACACAUGAGCAUAACACACCAGCAUAACACAUAAGCUAAACACAUGAUCAUAACAGAUGCAGAGAAAAAAAGCACGUUGGCUUAUGUUAUUCCAAUUAGGUUAAACUACGGUAAACAUUACAACAUGUUGCAAUGCGACAGUAAUGACGCAAUCUGUGGAGGCACGACUGGCACACGGCCUGACUCACUGGUGAUCAAGCUAAACAGACUGGGAAAUAUUGCAAUCAUUAUUUUAAAAAUAAAAUAAUUAAAUUAAUAAUAUUAUUUUAAAAUAGAAAGCCGAAACCAAUUCCCUUCUAUUUUCUUAUGCGUCCAACGCAGGGUUUGUUAAAGACCGGGUUGUCCAACGCAAGGGUUGUUUUAAGACCGGGUUGUCCAACGCAGGGGUUGUUACAGAUCGGAUUGUCCAACGCAGGGGCUAUUUUAAGACGGGGUUGUCCGUCGCAGGGUUGUCUCUCUUAAGUUCAGUUUGCAACAAUGGGUGACUCUCCAGGCAAGAACGUAGUUCUCCUUAGUUGCAACUUGCAUACUACCUGAGCUAUUUGCAACUUAUUGUUUUGAAAUGCAUCAUUUGUAAAAUACCUUUCAAAAAUUAUAAAUAAAGUCAUAAUUGAAAAUAUUACUUCUAUUUUGAAAAAUAAACACAAAAACAUUCCAAAAUAUUUGUCACGUCUCUAUUUAAAACGUACGAAUUCAUUGAAGUGGUUGGCAUGGUUGGCCAAGUUUAAGCCAGGGCCGCUCGUAAACCGGUCAUAAAUUAUAAGUGUUUAAUCCAACUGCGACACAGUAACACUGGUUGGAAACAGCUGUAGGCUUCAGAGCAGGGGGUCUCAUCGGGUCAGACUUUUGUGUUGUUUGGGGGCUUGUCCCUCCGCCCGUUCCAAACCCACACUGACUUUAUGACCACGUGACAUUCGAAGGACCAUGAGCAUGAACAUAACAACCAGUCACAUGAUUAAAGGGAGUUGUAUUCUAGUUAGAAUUUUCUGUUUAAACACCAUGGCAUUUUUGUUUAAACACCAUGACAUUUCUGUUUAAACACCAUGGCAUUUUUGUUUAAACACCCUGACUUUUCUGUUUAAACACCAUGGCAUUUUUGUUUAAACACCAUUACAUUUCUGUUUAAACACCAUGGCAUAUUUGUUUAAACACCAUGACUUUUCUGUUUAAACACCAUGACAUUUUUGUUUAAACACCAUAACAUUUCUGUUUAAUCACCAUGGCAUUUUUGUUUAAACACCAUGACAUUUCUGUUUAAACACCAUGGCAUUUUCGUUUAAAAACCUUGACAUUUCUGUUCAAACACCAUGAUAUUCUUAUUCUUACACUGAAGCCAAAUAUUAAGUUCACGAAGUUUGCCAGAAAUGUUCACCCAAAGAAAGCAACAUCUUCACUUUUCUCCAUUUUUUUCCUCCAAAAUUCCACAAACUUUCCAGUUUUGUUCAUGACUUGAAAGUUCUAAGAAAAUCCCAUUGUCCCGAAUCAUCCAAAACACAUUUAAACUCUUCAUCUACGUCAUUUUUCAAAAGCCAAUCAAACAUUGUGUUCUUCACACCACUCUGUAAGAAACCUUCACACGACUCUGUAAGAAACCUUCACGCCACUCUGUAAAAAAACUUCACGCCACUCUGUACGAAACCUUCACGCCACUCUGUACGAAACCUUCACGCCACUCUGUACGAAACCUUCACACCACUCUGUACGAAAACUUCACACCACUCUGUACGAAAACUUCACACCACUCUGUAAGAAACCUUCACGCCACUCUGUACGAAAACUUCACACCACUCUGUACGAAAACUUCACACCACUCUGUACGAAAACUUCACACCACUCUGUACGAAAACUUCACACCACUCUGUAAGAAACCUUCACACCACUCUGUACGAAAACUUCACACGACUCUGUACGAAAACUUCACACCACUCUGUAAGAAACCUUCACACCACUCUGUACGAAAACUUCACGCCACUCUGUACGAAAACUUCACACCACUCUGUACGAAACCUUCACACCACUCUGUACGAAACCUUCACACCACUCUGUAAGAAACCUUCACACCACUCUGUACGAAACCUUCACACCACUCUGUACGAAACCUUCACACCACUCUGUACGAAACCUUCACACCACUCUGUACGAAACCUUCACGCCAUUCUGUACGAAACCUUCACACCACUCUGUAAGAAACCUUCACGCCACUCUUUAAUAAACCUUCCCAUUGUACAUUUGAUAACAUAGCUCAACUAUCCCAUACAACCAACACAAGUUUGUACAUUUGAUAACAUGGCUCAAAUCUUGGCUCAGCUUUGAGUUCGCGCCAAAAAUGACAUAAAACAUUUAUUUCAAGGAUUCGUUUGCUCGUAGACACAUUGUAAGGCUAUAGAUAGAUUGAUUCGUUGGCUUGUAGACACAUUGUAAGGCUAUAGAUAGAUUGAUUCGUUGGCUCGUAGACACAUUGUAAGGCUAUAGAUAGAUUGAUUCGUUUGCUCGUAGACACAUUGUAAGGCUAUAGAUAGAUUGAUUCGUUGGCUUGUAGACAUGUUGUAAGGCUAUAGAUAGAUUGAUUCUUUGGCUCGCAGACACCUUGUAAGGCUAUAGAUAGAUUGAUUCGUUGGCUCGUAGACACGUUGUAAGGCCAUAGAUAGAUUGAUUCGUUGGCUCGUAGACACGUUGUAAGGCCAUAGAUAGAUUGAUUCGUUGGCUCGUAGACACGUUGUAAGGCUAUAGAUAGAUUGAUGCUUUUAAAGGUCAAGUUGUUUGAUUUGGGCGGCUAGGGGGAAGGUGUGGAAAGGGGAGAUGAGAUGGGGAUCGAGGAUCCAGUUUGGUAAGUGGUUCUUUAUUCUGGGCUAUCGUGCCUUAAGUGAAAAACAUCUUUUUUGGUUUGUGUUACCUGUAAGGUGUUUCAUAUAACGGGCAGCACAUUUCUCCUGAGUAAAUGGACUACACGCCUAACCCGUGUAACUGUACGCAUGCCUUAACUCUGUAACUGUACCACAUACCUUACCUGUGGAAAUGUAACACUUACCUUACCUGUGUAAUUGUAACACAUAUCUUACCUGUGUAACUGUAGCCCCAUACCUUACCUGAUUACCUGAACAUAUACACAUUACUGUCCUUACCUGAACAUGCUACACGCUCAAGAAGAAAGUAAUAAAGCUUACCUAUUAAAGGUUCUCAAAUAGUAGGGAGGAAGAACAGGUACGAGUAGAGAGGAUCGUGUGACAAACAUUUAGCCAAACAUUUCAAGGGGCAGGGUCCAGACCCUAAGGGUCAAAUCCUGUGACGUCACUUCCUAGCAACACACGCUCAAUAACACACGCUGUGCAUGAUGUCAUACAUCACACGCUCUAUAACACACGCUGUGCAUGAUGCCAUGAUUCAUCUGUAAGUGUUCCCGCUAAUGCACUAAAGCUCAGCUAUGCAAGAAUCACCAAUUCACUCAGUCGUGCCAAUGAUGAUGAGAACAAAACCAAGUUGUUCUGGUGUUGGCUUUUUUCUUUCCUGCCCAAUUUUAUUUUUUACUUGGGAAAAGCGCAGCAGAUCACGCUCAGGACCACAGAGCCACAGAGCCACAGGGCCACAGAGCCACAGAGCCACAUUGUCACUUGCCAAAGCUAAGGGAGAUUUUAGCAUCUAGAUUCUAGAUACUUUGUGUGCUCAUUCUGUUCAUGUCCUACUAUGUCCUACUGGAUGGUGACUGGGGUCCUUCUGUUCAUGUCCUACUAUGUCCUACUGGAUGCUGACUGGGGCCCUUCUGUUCAUGUCCUACUGGACGCUGACUGGGGUCCUUCUGUUCAUGUCCUACUAUGUCCUACUGGAUGCUGACUGGGGCCCUUCUGUUCAUGUCCUACUAUGUCCUACUGGAUGCUGACUGGGGCCCUUCUGUUCAUGUCCUACUAUGUCCUACUGGAUGCUGACUGGGGCCCUUCUGUUCCUGUCCUACUAUGUCCUACUGGAUGCUGACUGGGGCCCUUCUGUUCAUGUCCUACUAUGUCCUACUGGCUGCUGACUGGGGCCCUUCUGUUCAUGUCCUACUGGAUGCUGACUGGGGUCCUUCUGUUCAUGUCCUACUAUGUCCUACUGGAUGCUGACUGGGGCCCUUCUGUUCAUGUCCUACUAUGUCCUACUGGAUGCUGACUGGGGCUCUUCUGUGCAUGUCUUACUAUGUCCUACUGGAUGCUGACUGGGGCCCUUCUGUUCAUGUCCUACUAUGUCCUACUGGAUGCUGACUGGGGUUCUUCUGUUCAUGUCCUACUAUGUCCUACUGGAUGCUGACUGGGGUCCAUCUGUUCAUGUCCUACUAUGUCCUACUGGAUGCUGACUGGGGUCCUUCUGUUCAUGUCCUACUAUGUCCUACUGGAUGCUGACUGGGGCCCUUCUGUUCAUGUCCUACUAUGUCCUACUGGAUGCUGAAUGGGGCCCUUCUGUUCAUGUCCUACUAUGUCCUACUGGAUGCUGACUGGGGCCCUUCUGUUCAUGUCCUACUGGACGCUGACUGGGGUCCUUCUGUUCAUGCCUACUUGGGUCAUACUCAAGUAAUUCAACAUAAAUUUGUAAGAUACCGGAGCAUAACAAAUGUUGUACAUUCCUGCAGAUAUUGCAUAUUCGAGAAGAUGUUGUAUAUUCCUGCAGAUGUUGUUUAUUUUUUAUUGUUGUGUUUUAAAUCCAACGAAAGAGAAGACAAGAUGGUCCAUUUCAACGAAAGAGAAGACCAGAUGGUCCAUUUCAACGAAAGAGAAGACCAGAUGGUCCAUUUCAACCAAAGAGAAGACCACAUGGUCCAUUUCACCGAAAGAGAAGACCAGAUGGUCCAUUUCAACGAAAGAGAAGACCAGAUGGUCCAUUUCAACGAAAGAGAAGACCGGGUGGUCCAUUUCAACGAAAGAGAAGACCGGAUGGUCCAUUUCAAAAAAUGAGAAGACCAGAUGGUCCAUUUCAACGAAAGAGAAGACCAGAUGGUCCAUUCCAACGAAAGAGAAGACAAGAUGGUCCAUUCCAACGAAAGAGAAGACCAGAUGGUCCAUUUCAACGAAAGAGAAGACCAGAUGGUCCAUUCCAACGAAAGAGAAGACCAGAUGGUCCAUUUCAACGAAAGAGAAGACCAGAUGGUCCAUUUCAACGAAAGAGAAGACCAGAUGGUCCAUUCCAAAGAAAGAGAAGACAAGAUGGUCCAUUCCAACGAAAGAGAGGACCAGAUGGUCCAUUCCAACGAAAGAGAAGACCAGAUGGUCCAUUUCAAUGAUCGAGUUUGCUGGUAACUUUCACGACUAUUGGGGGUAAUGAGGUAAUGAGGCAAUAAGCUAAUAAGGUAAUAAGCACACGUUUGGCAAAAAUUGACAAGUUUUGGGUAUAGUUUAAAGUUCUCCCUGUUAUCUUCCCUUAUCCAGGCCCAUUGUCCUAUAAUCACACCCGUAAUCCACUGUUCAAAGAUACGGUAACCUAGAAACCAUGGUCCACAAUAAAACCAUUGUUUAAUGAACUGAAGUAUUGAAUAAAUGAACAAUCAAUUGAUCAAUAUAACUGCCCAGUGAUGGGCUGUCUAGUCAACAAUUGGCCAAGAUAUAAAGUGUCAACCAUCAGGGAUAUGUAAGCUGAUACACGUCAUCACGGGCGGAUACUGUUACAUGUAAUCACGUAUAUCGGUACAUCGGUAUGUCUUGAGUCAACUACAGGAAAUCAGACAUGCCGCACCAAACUCAUCCAAGGUCAAGGCCAUUUCAAAUCUUAAAAUAUUUUAAAACUCUGUGUUUUAUCUUCUAAAAGGAGUGAACUUAAGCCAAGCCCUUGAAGAUAAGCGAUAACAGCGCCCUCUGUAUUGAUGUCCACAUAGCAGGCCCGCACAACUCAACAUGUAAGACGGGCCAUAAUACUUUAUGAAAAACUGGUGCGGGCCGAAAGAAAAUAGGACAGGAGGAAAUGCUAUUAAGAAAAUAAUAAUAAUAAAGGAAAUUCCGUAACUUACGAAGUAAAUUGAAUGUGAACCAUUGCAUCCUUUUUUGGGUAAAAAGUUUGUCGUAUUCAGGAGAUAGAUUGCAAAUGGCUGUUCUCAAGAUGUCUUUCAAAUGAUCAUCACUCAAACAUGAGCGUGGCUUGCAUUUAUUGAUGUUCAUCAUUGAACAUGUCUGUUGACAUGUCUGUUGACAUGUAUGUUGACAUGUCUGUUGACAUGUCUGUCCACAUGCCUGUCCCCAUAUCUGUUCACAUUUUUGUGCAUUAUUUUUAAUUUAUAAUAUUAUGAAUCUCCACGCAAAGUGGGUGCUGGCGGGCCACAAAGUGGGUGCUGGCGGGCCGCAAAGUGGGUGCUGGCGGGCCACAAAGUGGGUGCUGGCGGGCCACAAAGUGGGUGCUGGCGGGCCACAGAGUGGGUGCUGGCGGGCCACAUAGUGGGUGCUGGCGGGCCGCAAAGUGGGUGCUGGCGGGCCACAAAGUGGGUGCUGGCGGGCCACAAAGUGGGUGCUGGCGGGCCACAAAGUGGGUGCUGGCGGGCCAUAUGUUGUGCAGGCCUGCCAUAUAGUACGCAAGCCCUGAAGUCCCCGGAUGGCAAUAGGAAUUCGAAUAGGUGAAAAUGGAAAACCCAAGGGUUGCCUUCAUUUCUUGUCCCCAUUAGUGACAUAAUGAGGUUCAUAGGGAGGUAGCCAUAUUUGAUUCUGUGUAUAUAUCACGUGAUGUCGCCCGUGACAGUAAAAAGCAUAUCUUUCGUUACGUCACCGAUGCUUGAACUUGAAGACUUUUGUCUGCUUCCAUUUGAGCUGGCUGAAAGGUCGUGUUUCUAUUUCACAGACCCUUGACCAUUGGUCUGCGCCAGGUUGCUUAGGGUCUUCGUCGCUUUCAUCUUGCAUGGUCACUAUAUUCGUGUAAUGUCCUGAGUAGCUAGCCUGGUGUGGGAGUCUAUAGACGUGACCAUUCACUGACCACUGACGUGACUACACAGUCUAUUGUUGACACUCGUCAUUUGAAUUUAAAUUCUUUACAAUCUGUUCCUAGGAUCCCGAUAUCUUUAUGUUCCUAGGAUCCCGAUAUCUUUAUGUUCCUAGGAUCCCGAUAUCUUUAUGUUCCUAGGAUCCCGAUAUCUUUAUGUUCCUAGGAUCCCGAUAUCUUUAUGUUCCUAGGAUCCCGAUAUCUUUAUGUUCCUAGAAUCCCGAUAUCUUUAUGUUCCUUUGAUCCCGAUAUCUUUAUGUUCCUAGGAUCCCGAUAUCUUUAUGUUCCUAGGAUCCCGAUAUCUUUAUGUUCCUAGGAUCCCGAUAUCUUUAUGUUCCUAGAAUCCCGAUAUCUUUAUGUUCCUUUGAUCCCGAUAUCUUUAUGUUCCUAGGAUCCCGAUAUCUUUAUGUUCCUAGGAUCCCGAUAUCUUUAUGUUCCUAGGAUCCCGAUAUCUUUAUGUUCCUAGAAUCCCGAUAUCUUUAUGUUCCUUUGAUCCCGAUAUCUUUAUGUUCCUAGGAUCCCGAUAUCUUUAUGUUCCUAGGAUCCGAUUGUCUUUAUGUUCCUUUGAUCCCGAUCCCACCCCAAAAACGUCAUCUUUACCUUCCUAUAUGACUCAUCACCCUAAAACGUUAUAUGUAUCAGCGUGGACCGACACCAGUCCGACACCGGUCCGACACCGGUCCGACACCGGUCCGACACCGGUCCGACACCGGUCCGACACCGGUCCAUGAGCCUGAUGAUGCCGGUCACCACACCAUAAAUAUUUAUAGUCAAAUAAAAAGAAGAAAUGGUUAUUCAAUUUGGCACCGGUCCCUGGUACAAUGUCGAAAAAUUUCUACUGGUCAGCCACUGGUCAGCCAAUGGUCAGCCACUGGUCAGCCAAACUUAAAAGUUAGGCAAACGCUGAUCUAUAUUUUCCUAUAAGACCCAACCCCUUUCAGCGUUAUCUCUAACUUCCUAUCAAUGCCACCUCAGCUUUAGCGUUAUUUGUAACUUCCUCUUUGACCUACCAGGACAUGGAAGUGAAAGGUCCAUGAAAGGUAUUUAGAUAAGAUUCGUUCUAGAAAGAGCAGGACCAAUCAAUCUCAGUCAUGACCAGGGAUGACUUAUCUUAACUAAACAGAUGUAAGGGAGGGACGCGAGGUGGUGGGGGGCACCCAGAGGGUAAAACCCGGUUGUAAAGCCAUGGACACUAGAAAUGUUUAUCUAGGAAUACAUACAUGAUAAGGUGUAGAUACAUACAUCAUAAAGCGCACAUACAUACGUCACGUGAUAAAGUACACAUGCAUAUUAUACAACAUUUUCUUACUAUAUACUAUUGGAGUGCCCCCCCCCCCCACAACCCUGUCCGUUUCAAUAUAAGUACCUUUGUAACAGGAGAUUUGCAGCUUAAAAUGUGUUAAAACGUCAAUUCAAAGACUUGCUUAAAAACUUAAACCUAUGACGUUUAAAGACAUGCCACACACAAGCAAGGACAAAUGAAUGUUAACCACACGUGCUACAUCUCCAGGGGAGGCUCGUGGAUCACGUGUCCUAUUUCCAUGACGUCAUCUAGGCACGGUGACCCAAGCGUUACUAAUGGGGUCAUUUAUUAUUAAACACAAUCAGUCUUCUCAUUUGUGCCCAAACAAUGCUAACUCAUUACAUUACAUUCACCAUUACAUUACAUUCACCAUUUCAUUACAUUCACCAUUUUAUUUCAUUCACCAUUUUCAUUGCAUUCUUUCAAAGUCAGGUCAAAUUUAAUCUCGUUGACAAUUUAUAAAAAUAAUAAAUUAAAAUCAAGUGAAGUUAAGUUGAAGUUCAACACAAUGAGUUGUAGUUAAAGCUUUAAGUACAUGAAUGAGUCUUGAAUCAUGAUAGCUGCAUGACCUCACUAGCUGAAACAAUGGUACAACGAUGAACUGUGAUGGCUGCAUGACCUCACUAGCUGAGACAAUGGUACAAUGAUGAACUGUGAUGGCUGCAUGACCUCACUAGCUGAGACAAUGGUACAAUGAUGAACUGUGAUGGCUGCAUGACCUCACUAGCUGAGACAAUGGUACAACGAUGAACUGUGAUGGCUGCAUGACGUCACUAGCUGAAACAAUGGUACAACGAUGAACUGUGAUGGCUGCAUGACCUCACUAGCUGAGACAAUGGUACUAUGAAUACAAAAUGUCCAUGUUUACAAGCUUGGAGUCCGGAUAGGAAGACUAAACGCUUUACUUCUGUUGAACAAGAUGUCACUGCGAUGACUUGUGAUGCUACGGCGCGCCAAAACUCAAGUGCUUAGUAAUAGUCCUGAAGGGCGUAUGUGAGCGAAAUCUGUUAUUGUCGAGUGUCAGCAGUCCCCAACCUCACAGAGAUACAACAGAGGAAUAUAUUUUAAAUAUUCUUAAUCAUCAACAUAGUGUUAAGUGUAAUGGGUCAAACUCAGCACUUCUCUGAACGUAUAUUUAGUUGUUCUAGCUGUGCCUUGGGAAGGGAGUGUGGAGGGGCGCUCAUCCGCCCAUGGUGACACCGGUUUCUUCAUAAUGGAGGUGGACGUUGUUUUUUUUUUCGUGCAAGAGGGGCGGCAAAAUCUAGCCCCGACCAGGGUGGCACGAAUUGUAACUAAACCCCUGUUCGCCAUAGCACUUUGGUUUAGCACUUUUGUUUAGCACUUUGGUUUAGCACUUUGGUUUAGCACUUUGGUUUAGCACUUUGGUUUAGCACUUUGGUUUAGCACUUUGGUUUAGCACGUUGGUUUAGCACUUUGGUUUAGCACUUUGGUUUAGCACUUUGGUCUAGCACUUUGGUUUAGCGCAUUGGUUUAGCGUAUGGUUUAGCACUUUGGUUUAGCAUGUAGGCAAGCAAGCUAAACUGACGAUCUCGGUUACACUGAGAGGCCCGAUGUGGUUGGUGGGGGAGGGAAAUGGGUGACAGAGUCGGUUAGACAAGCAGUGUGGUGGUUGAGGCUCAAAUGUGGACACUUGUCAGGCAUGUUAGUCAUUUAGCGCUCGCUCCCUAAGUGAUGACAUGACAGUGUCACAUCUCCAGUCAGCUUCUCAGUAACGACUGUCAUUGCCUGUCACACAAAAUUUGCGCAAAACCUAAUUCAAUUUAUUAAGACACACACACACAUAUACACACAGAGGGGGGAGAGAGAGAGAGAGAGAGACAGAAAGAGAGAAUCUAUUUAUAUCUUCUUUUUAAGUUAUGUUAUCUUACCAUUUCUCACAAUCUCUCACAAAUUCUCACAAAUUUUCACUGUUUCUCACAAUUUCUCACCAUCUCUCACUAUUUCUCACCCUCUCUCACCAUCUCUCACCAUCUCUCACCAUGUUUCAACCAUUUAACAUGAACAUUAAAACAAAACCCGUUUGGUCUCUUGUUUCAGAUCACUUUGAGCGCAGCCUGCAACCUCCCAGUACCAUUCACCCCACCAGCAAACCUCAGACGCCAUCAACAUGACCCAAUUCCAACACGGUCUCUUCGGCUGCUUCGACAACAUCGGCCUGUGCCUCAUCACCUACUUCGUGCCGUGCUACACAUUUGGCAAGAAUGCCGAGGCCGUUGGCGACUCCUGCCUACUGUGUGGUCUCAUCACAUUCGUCCCUGUGGUCAACUUCGUGGCCAUGAUCAUGGUCCGCGGUAAAAUACGAGAGUCUCGGAACAUCGAGGGUAGUCUCGUCUCUGACAUCCUGUCCAUCUGGUGCUGCACGCUGUGUUCCCUGGUGCAAGAAGCACAGGAAGUUCAAGCCCCGGGUGGCCAGGCCAUGGCCAGAUCUUAAUAACUUUAGAUUUUAUCCAAGACAAUUUAACACCAUUAUUAUGAAAAAAAUAGGGUCCAUAUUGAUUUAUUUAAUGCUUAAAUAAUUACUGUCAUGUGACAUGCUGUGAUGACCGCCAGGGGGGACUGGGGACCCAUGGACUCUUGACUCGCAAAAUAAAUAAAAGAACGCACAUUUAAUAAAUAUUUCAUAAAAAUAUGUUUUCAUUUCGAUAAACGUCCUAUUUAAGGGGCAGCUACUCCAGUAUGCAAUAUCACUUUUCAUCUUCCCAACAUCUGAGCCUUUCUGCACGAUAUGCCAACUCUCUGAAGCAUGUGUUCUUGCAAUGUCAGCUAUUGCAGAGUAUUUUGUGUAUCAUUUAAUGUAUAAACUCUGUAAAAUAUUUUAUAUCUAGGCUUUUUCAGAAAGAAAUGAUCAGAAUAUUAUGAGUUCUUCUCAAUAUUUAUUUCUGAAUUAGGUUUACAUCAAUGUCAAGGUUGAUUCUUGAGUUACAUCACGCGGACCCAUGACGUCAUCAUACUUCAUUAAAUUUUUUAAUCAUACACACAUAAUCUAUAUUCUAUUUUUUAAAAAAUAUUUUUGCUUAUUUUUAGUAUUUUAAAACUAAUGGCUUUGCUAAUCCAUCAUUAAUUGUGUAGUAAAAAUGAAACCUUUCUGCUCUUAUUCUGAAUUCUUGACUUAGGGACUCUAUCAUGGUCUAAAAGUUUGCAGCAAAAGAGAUAUUUUGUUUUCAACCCACUAAAGUUAAUCUAAACGAAUUACAUCUCUGCUGGAUCUGCUAAAAAAUAUCUCAGCUAUCCAUACCAUUUAAAUUUUGUUACUUGAACAUGAUAGCGAACAUUGUUAUUUUGGUAUUAAAUGUGAUCAAUGAGAUUUUUCGUUAAUUAGGAUGACUUUUUUUCGAUUUAAAAAACAUAACUUGAAAAUAAGUUGAAACAAACCAUGAUUACAGUAGUCGUCCAAUGUGUAAAUAACCAACUUAAAAUUGAAUGUAACAAUAAUGACAUUUUAUUAGAAGUUGUAUUUGUAGAAUUCUUUUCACUUUGCCUUGUGUUUGUAGCACGAGCCAUAUUUACAUCCUGCUAAUAAAAAGAUACAAAUUGUUUUUAUAUAAAAAUUCAAUACAUUGUCCUAAUGUGCCUGUCUAACAUUAUCUAUUUUAAGAUUAUGUUAUUAUAUUUUUUUAAAAUCGUCUUUUCAUUUUUUGUGUUUCUUGAUUAUCGAGGUGUGAAGGCCAACUAAGCGUUCAAGACGCUAACAUAUCAUGUAGCAUGUUUAUUAGGUCAUACUCCACCAGAGGUCAAAGGUCAAAAGUUUUUAAAAAA